AUGCUCCACUCGGAUCGGGCAACGCUUGCUGUUAUCAUUCGUCUCAGCUCGUUUACGAGGGAUCUUGGAAUAGCGGUGCUGUAUCCCGGCAAGCUGGUCGAUCCGCUACGACCUCGCUACACCGAGACGACCGCCCCGCCAGGUACCACGUCCUUGCUCAAGACCGCAAGCGACAAGCUCAGCUACCUUCAGCAGCAAACCGGGCAGAAGACUUCGACUAUCAUCCACGUUGCGCCUUACAUCCCGGAGGGCAGCUGGAGGGAGUAUGGAGAUAAAGGGGUCAUUAUCCCUAUUCCCGGUAUCAGCGCGCCCGCGACCGGGCCCGACCCCAACUCUACUUUCAACACCUCUUCGACAUUGCCACCCUACUCCCUUCCUCUCGCGUCGUCUUCCACCUUCCUCACGGCGCCGUCAUCGACCUCUACCAUUUCCUCAAAGCUCUCUCUGAGAAUUAUCCUCCAUUCACCUCUACCCGUCACCUCACUAUACUCGUCGGAAGCGGCAAUAUCCAGCCAAGUCUCCUCAACCGCUCGCCAGGUUACACCUUCUGAACCCUGGGAGAGCAUCGAGCUCGUCCUCCUCCCUGCUCCGAGGGACGACUUUAUCGUCACUGUCCGGGACUUUGACGAGCUCGAUACGCCGCACUCCAAAUACACGGAGCGCUGGGAGAGCAAACCGCUGCUGGACUACAAUUCGCGCGCGUUGCCCCUCGCCAUGCCAGCAUUCGCCCUCCAGCCGCCCUCGGUCUAUACCCUGGUCGGCUUGGAAGGUCUACCUGGAGCUGGGGGAGAUGAUGGCUGGGCGAAGGGUCAUGAUGCGAGUCUACUGGAGUAUAUAGGGUUCGUUCGGCGGUGGGAAGUUAACCCAGAUCUUGAAGUGAGAUUGUUCGAAUACUCAUUCGGUCUUUCCCUCUCCACCAUACAUUACCCCUUCAGUCGCUACUAUCCGACGCACCCCAUGUUCGACAUCAGGGGCUAUCCUCACAUCCUACGAGAGAUCACACAACACCUGGAUCGACCCGCUCUCUCGACCAUGAUCCGUCUCUCCUCCUUCACUCACGCAAUCACUGAACCCUUCUUAUACCCCAAAAGGUUGAUCGACCCCUUCCUCCUCCCGGACCCCACCAUCCCCCAGCUCAACCUGUCCGCCGAACGCGCUUACCGCAAGCUCGAAUCUUUCUGCUCCUCCCGCUCGUUACAGCAAGUCGAGGAGAUCGUCAUCACCCACCCAGAGAUCUGGGCCGAGUACCUUCGCUUGGCCGGUCGCAUGCCUCCCUCUGCGGUCAGAGCAAGCGGUAGGGUCACCACAAUUAUCGUCAAGCCCGUCGGACUUGGGCUGGACGAGGCGGCGCGGCGCAACUCGCAUCGGCAAACAAUCCAGGGUCACAUAGCUAAGUACUCUGACUGGUUCAUGCCGGAAGCCCAUAAAAUAAUGCAAGAGCGAGCAUCGGACACCUCGAGAGGGCUCCGCAUCCAGGCUGAGCUAUCGGAGCUUAGUGACCGGUACUUUCCUGGCGACCCGACCUUCAUCCCUUCUUCCGGCUUUCCGGAAACUUGGCCGCGGGCGUACGGCGCUCACCAAUAUCAUCACAUCUUCUCUAUAUCGGUACUCCUUCAUUCCAGUCGACUCAUCCUCCAGCUUCCCACAGCCGCUCAUAUCGACGUUAUCAACCUCUGCAACGCCGUCUGCGUCGAGUUCGCGCCACCCACCGGAGCGACAUGGCUCACACUUCUCGUGGGAAGCGGGAACGUGGUGACCCUUUACUACAUUCAGCAUGGCCGUCGGAAGGCCCAAAGCAGCUGGCAGCGCGUCGAAGUCAUACUCCUGCCAAACUCCAUCGGUAUCCACCCCUACCUCCGACGCUUCGACGAUCUUCCGCCCGACGUAACACCAAACGUUUUCAGUCUAGGCUCGGCGAGAGCGUCUCUGCGGAUGAUGCACUACCCCUUUGGCAUCGCCGCCUGUCGCCUGCCCAGCACUGCACGCUGCAUCAUCGUCGGCACCGAGAACAUCGACCUGGCGAAGGAUGGGGAGGAAAAGCAUGGGCUCGAUGUAGCGGGUUUCGUGCGGUAA